AUGGAUAAACAGGGAGAUUGUAGAGCUAUUUUGGAGAAACCACUUCCUCCAAAAGUGAAAGAUUCAGGAAGUUUUAAUAUUCCUUAUGUCAUUGGGAAGGAGAAUAUAAGGAAGGCCUUAAUUGAUUUACGGUCAAGCAUUAAUUUGAUGCCCUUAUCUAUGCUCGAAAGGAUUGGCGAUCUUGAAGUCAAGCCAACCAAGGUGACUUUGCUCAUGGUGGAUGGAUCUUCCAAGAAACCCUAUGAUGUAGCGGAAGAUGUUAUGGUUUGUAUAGAGAAACUUAAAUUCCUGGUGGAUUUUGUGGUGAUAGAGAUGGAGGAAGAUGGGAAGAUCACAAUUAUUCUUGGAAGGCCGUUUAUGAAAACGGCAAAAGUAGUUAUCAAUGUGGAUGAUGGGAUGAUAGUGCUUCAAGACUAA